AUGUCCAACGAAAAGGAUCUUGAGAACGGCGAUCCCAAGCGCGAGAGAAUCUCGUUCGCUGACGGCUGGGAUCCCGAUAAGGACGAGGGCGAAUAUGCCAACCUCAUCCGCUACAUCUCCACCUACCGCGACCGCCGUUUCUCCAAGGCUCCUUCCCAAGCCUCUGAGCAAGAUGCCGCGGAUGCCAGCAAGAGCAAGAAGCAGCCUUUCUUCAAGCGCCUCCUAGGCACUGGUGGUGGACAAGGAGACCUCUAUGAGGUGCCUGAAGAGUGGCUUGAUACCGACAUCAAGGCAGGUCUCACAUCCGCUCAGGUUGAGGAACGCCGCCGCAAGACUGGCUUCAACGAAUUGACCACCGAGAAAGAGAACAUGUUUAUCAAGUUCAUCGGCUACUUCAGAGGUCCCAUUCUUUAUGUCAUGGAACUGGCUGUUCUCCUUGCUGCUGGUCUUCAGGACUGGAUUGAUUUCGGUGUCAUUAUCGGUAUCCUCAUGCUCAACGCCAUUGUCGGUUGGUAUCAGGAAAAGCAAGCCGCCGACGUUGUCGCUUCUCUCAAGGGUGACAUCGCCAUGAAGGCUAUCGUGGUUCGCGACGGUACUGAGCAAGAGAUCAAGGCUCGUGAGAUUGUUCCUGGUGAUAUUCUCCUCCUCGAAGAAGGUAUGGUUGUCGCUGGUGAAUGUCGCUUGAUUUGCGACUACGAGAACCCUGCCGGCUUCGAAGAAUACAAGGAGAUGGUCAACGACCCCGAGGCUUACCACUCCAAGAACCACACCGAUUCUGAUGACGACGAGGAGAAGCAUAUCGGUGUUUCUAUCGUCGCUACUGACCAGUCUGCCAUUACCGGCGAGUCUCUGGCUGUGGACAAGUACAUGGGCGACAUCUGCUACUACACCACUGGUUGCAAGCGCGGCAAGGGUUACGCUGUCGUCACCGAGUCUGCCCGUGGCUCCUUCGUCGGCAAGACUGCUUCUUUGGUCCAAGGUGCGACUGACUCUGGUCACUUCAAGGCCAUCAUGGACUCCAUCGGUACUGCGCUCCUGAUCUUGGUCGUCUUCUUCAUCCUGGUUGCCUGGAUUGGCGGUUUCUUCCACGGCAUCAACAUUGCCACUCCUAUGGACAGCUCCAACACUCUUCUGAGCUACGCUCUUAUCCUGCUCAUCGUGGGUGUCCCCGUCGGUCUUCCCGUCGUUACUACAACAACUCUGGCUGUCGGUGCUGCCUAUCUAGCUCAACAAAAGGCUAUCGUUCAAAAGCUUACUGCUAUCGAGUCCCUUGCUGGUGUCGACGUUCUCUGCUCCGACAAGACUGGUACUUUGACCGCCAACCAGCUGACCAUCCGUGAACCCUACGUCGCUGAGGGCGAGGACGUCAACUGGAUGAUGGCCUCUGCUGCUCUCGCUUCUUCCCACAACCUGAAGGCUCUCGAUCCCAUCGACAAGAUCACCAUUUUGACUCUCAAGCGAUACCCCAAGGCCCGCGAAAUCCUUCAGCAAGGCUGGAAGACCGAGAAAUAUACCCCAUUCGACCCUGUCUCCAAGCGCAUUACCACCAUUUGCACGCUCAAGGGCGAGAGAUGGGCUUUCUGCAAGGGUGCGCCCAAGGCUGUUCUGUCCAUUGCUGAGUGCGACGAGAGCACCUCCAAGCACUACAGGGAUACUGCCGCUGAUUUCGCCCGCCGUGGUUUCCGUUCUCUUGGUGUCGCCUCCAAGCGCGGUGACGAGCCCUGGAAGGUCAUUGGUAUGCUUCCCAUGUUCGACCCUCCCCGUGAGGACACCGCACACACCAUCCUGGAGGCUCAGAACCUUGGUCUUUCCGUGAAGAUGUUGACGGGUGACGCCAUCGCCAUCGCCAAGGAAACUUGCAAGCUGCUUGCUCUCGGUACGAAGGUUUACAACUCAACUCGCCUCAUCUCUGGCGGUGUCAGCGGUACUACGCAGUAUGAUCUCGUUGAGAAGGCGGAUGGUUUCGCCGAAGUCUUCCCUGAGCACAAGUACCAGGUCGUCGAGAUGCUCCAACAGCGUGGUCACUUGACAGCCAUGACUGGCGACGGUGUCAACGACGCGCCAUCUCUGAAGAAAUCUGACUGCGGUAUCGCCGUCGAGGGUGCCACCGAGGCUGCUCAAGCUGCGUCCGAUAUCGUCUUCCUUGCCCCUGGUCUGUCCACCAUCGUCGAUGCCAUCAAGGUCGCUCGCCAAAUUUUCCAGCGUAUGAAGGCCUACGUCCAGUACCGUAUCGCUCUGUGCUUGCACUUGGAGCUGUACUUGGUUACUUCGAUGUGUAUCCUCAACGAGACCAUCCGCACCGACCUGAUCGUCUUCUUGGCCUUGUUCGCUGAUCUAGCCACCAUUGCCGUGGCUUACGACAACGCUCACUACGAACAGCGACCCGUCGAGUGGCAGCUGCCCAAGAUCUGGUUCAUCUCGGUUGUCCUCGGUAUCCUCCUUGCCCUGUCAACCUGGGUUAUGCGCGGUACUUUUUACAUGCCCAACGGUGGUCUUGUUCAGAACUUCGGUAACGUCCAGCUCAUGCUCUUCCUUCAAGUCUCGCUGGUUGAGAACUGGCUCAUCUUCGUCACCCGUGGUGGUGAGACGUGGCCAUCUUACAAGUUGGUUGGCGCUAUCUUGGUCGUCGAUGCCAUCUCCACCCUCUUCUGUGUCUUCGGCUGGCUCUCUGGCUCUCAGGCGGAGCAGGUUGACUUCGUCGACCCCGUCGAUCGUCUCACUCGCGAUAACUACAGCACGCAGACAUCCAUUGUCACCGUCGUCGUCAUCUGGGGUUACUCGAUUGGUGUGACCAUCGUCAUCGCCAUGGUGUACUUCCUCCUUGUCAAGAUGAGGUGGAUCGAUAACCUCGGCCGUACUACCCGCAGCCACGCCGACACCCAGAUGGAGAACAUCCUUGGCCAUCUUAGCCGCAUUGCUCUCGAACACGAGACUGAUGUUCACGGCAAGUCCAAGUGGGUCUUGGGUAGCAAGUCGACUGGUGAGGAGGACGUCGACUAA